GUUAACCCGGCGCUUCCGGAAAUGGCGGCCUGAUGGCGGAGCUGCAGAACUCGGGGCUUCUGGGCGGUAACGGCGCCAGCGCUCCGGGGUCCGGGGACAAAACCGCCAACAAAUGGGUUCGCCUGAACGUGGGAGGGACGUAUUUUGUCAGCACCAAGCAAACCCUGUGUCGGGACCCCAAAUCCUUCCUGUGCCGCCUGUGUCAGGAGGACCCGGACCUAGACUCGGAUAAGGAUGAAACUGGAGCCUAUCUGAUAGACAGAGACCCAAGUUACUUUGGCCCAAUCCUCAACUACCUACGACAUGGCAAACUGAUCAUUAACAAGGACUUGGCAGAGGAGGGGGUGCUGGAGGAGGCAGAGUUUUAUAACAUUGCAUUACUUGUUCGGUUGGUCAAAGAACGCAUUAGGGACCUGGAGAAUAGGACCUCACAGGGUCCAGUUAAACAUGUUUACCGUGUCCUGCAGUGUCAAGAGGAGGAGCUCACCCAGAUGGUUUCAACAAUGUCAGAUGGCUGGAAGUUUGAGCAGCUCAUUAGCAUUGGAUCCUCAUAUAACUAUGGCAGUGAAGAUCAGGCUGAGUUCCUUUGUGUUGUCUCCAGGGAGCUAAAUAACUCGACUAAUGGAAUUGUCAUAGAGCCCAGUGAAAAAGCCAAGAUUCUGCAAGAGCGAGGCUCAAGAAUGUGACUUACUGAAUCGGAAUUGCUGUUUCAAUUCUGAACCUUGAGGAGGAAGCCUCCACUAGUUGGGGGCAUCAAACCUUUGCCACACUCAGACACCGGCCUCUUGAUGCUUUUGAUUCACAUGGGCCUCCUUGAUCUGUGGGCUCAUUUUACUGAAGAACUCAACCUCUCUGCCUUUCGCUUGAAGCCUGUGAGAGGCUUACAGCAGUACUCAAGAAUUAAUUGUAAAGCUGCCAAAUCUCCCCAUGUUUUGGUUUUUUUUCGUUGUUGCGUGAUAAAUAUAUAUUCAACUAAUGCAUUUAAUUGCCUUUAAUGGACCUGUGAUGUUGCUCAUUCCUUGACGACUAGGAAGCAGAGCCAGUGUAUCAUUGUAUCUGCUUUGUGAGAAUUCCUUUCUGUUCUUCCUAUGGAUCAUUGUGUGCAUGGAUUUCACUCAGUGACUUUUGAGGGGAGGUGAAUGAUGCAAUAUAGUAAUUAUUGAGUAAACAGUUCUGUGAAAUUCCACAAUUCUUGUUAAUCUUUUUUCCUCUUUCAUCACUGUACUUUUAUGAGAUGAUGAUGGGAUUAUUAAACCACACAGUAUUGUCAUUGAA